GCCCGGACGGCAGAGCGACCCGUGGGUCCGUUCUCUCGAGCGGUCCAGAGAGGAGAUCGGCGCGCUUCGUCAGGGGUGGCGCUGGCCGCGCAGCGUUCUGAGCUGGGAGCUGGUCUGAUCUGAGAUGGGAGCUGCUCUGAUCUGAGCUGGGAGCUGCUCUGAUCUGAGCUGGGUGCUGCUCUGAUCUGAGCCGGAAGCUGCUCUGAUCUGAGCUGGGAGCUGCUCUGAUCUGAGCUGGGAGCUGCUCUGAUCUGAGAUGGGAGAUGGAAUAUCGGCAGGGUGACGAGUGACGCUUGUGAACGAAUUGUCAUUAAAUGCUGUCGUAGAGAUCCAGUACCAGACUGGAAGUCGUGGAGAUCGAGUACAAGACUGGUGGUUGGAAAGUUCUAGUGCAAGACUGGCAAUCGGGAAGAUCAAGUUCACAAUAGGUGGUCAUAAAGACAAGACUGGUAGCGAUAAAUAUCGAGUGUAAGACGGAAGCAAAGAAAGGGCCUCCUCCUCCUUCUUCGAGGUUGCUCUCGGUAGAUCACAGGGCGAACCUCAGGAGCGUUCAUUCCGCUUGGUGACGUGCGGGCUAUGACAUCGGGAAGUCGAGUAUUCGACAUAUCAGAUCGGCACAUGGGCAAAAUGGACCAGACUCCGGGCUUCGACAUGGACACCCGGGAUCCCAACAACCUGAACCUGCAUCUCCAGGUAAUGUGGGAUGACGUCAUCGCAGAGCCGGAGGGUAUUCGCAGUCGCGACUGUACCUGGCGCACUUCCUACAAGUGUUUCCGCGGCGCCAAACACUGCUGCUACCGGCUAUUGGCCUGUCUGCUCGGCCCUUGUCUGGCCUGCUGUCUGGGCUGCCAGUUCGCCUGUCUGGCCUUCCAGCACAUCUGGUGCAACACGCCGUGCCUGCGCCAGUGCAAGAUCAACUGCAACUUCAUCAGGGCCGUCAACCGCAUCUGCGCCCAGGCCGUGCUGGCGCCUUGCUUCGACGUGUGCGGCUCCAUGUUCCGGCGGAUCAGAAUCCGACAUGGCCCCAUGUCCGAGGAGGACAUCAAGGAGGAAGACAUGUUCACCGUGUAGUCGGUGCCAUGGGCCGCCGGCAGGGGAGCGAGGGGUGGGUGAGGCGGCGGACGCUCUGAGACCCCGACCGUCGGCGGGGGCGCGAGGGGUGGAGGUGAGAGCAGACGCCCUGGGAGGCUGGUGGAGGUGGCGACGUCUGGGAACUGACGAGCGGAGGGCUCUAUCCGUUGUUACAGUGAACCGGUGGACCACCUCGAACGAAACGGGUGCCGGCGGCGAGCAAAUAGGCAUCACUUCGGCAAUAGCAGUGCGUCAGAAUUCAGACGUACGUCUAUCUAGGAAAACCGCGACGGCUCGUCGCGAGCAUAUCUGGGAAAGGUGGUGCCAAUAUAGGCCCUGGACGUGUUAUGGAAGACAAUAUGCACGCACAUUGUGUUAUGAAGGCUGCACAUUUGAACUAGGUCCUGAAAGCAAGUCAGAAUGGCUCGGGCUCACCACUGAAAAGGUCUGAGCAAUGCAUUCAUGCAAACAUUCACCGUGAAAGCAUUCCCACUCUUACUUUGGUUCUGAUGUGACUAACUACGCGUUUUAAUCCCAAACCCUGUGACAUUUACGAAAGUGAAGGCGUGCAUAAGCCGCUGGAUAAGAUUGCAGUUGGUAAACCAUAUUGAGCAUUUCGUGCACACCGCCAACACGAAUUGUGUUACACUGCAUCUACAGUAACAUUGAGGUUUAAAACAACUUCACGUGACAUACACUACAGCAGAGCUUUUGUGGUGCCAUGCCUUUUUGAUUAUUUCAAGCGCCCUUCUAGUCCUCAUUUGUGAUCCGAUCACCUAGAUAAAAUGCUAGUUUUGGUUGCUUAUUUGAUGUAUUGCUUUAGAUGAAUUCUCUGCAAUAAGGUGUGAUAUCCAUAUUUUAGAUAGAGCUUACUUAUAUGAAGAGAUUCGAGCGUGAAUUAUCGUAGAUAGAUUGCAACACGUGACCUACCAGUGAUACCAGUGAUAGCGGCUAUUUAGUAUUGUUGUUCUACCCUCCUUAAAAGUCGCAUUCAAGCAAUCGCUUUCAAAGCGCGAUUUUUGCGCUGUCAAAUGUCGAAUAUUAUUUGGUCGGCAUUUGCAAUUAUAAGGCGUUUCAUGCAGACCCCUAUGCAGUGUUAGUGUUAAAUGUAGCUUGGGUCUUGUCAUGCUGGCUGACACUGUUUACAAUUUCCACACAUAUCAAGCUGAGCAGACCGCUCCAUUGUGUGCUUGCGAAGCACUUUAGCCAAGUGCGUGGGUCGCGUUAAAGCAAUGUGCAGACCGAAAUCACCUAAUACAACUCAGUUCACAAUCGACAGCAACGAUACGAAAAGUUUUUCUAAACAUAUCCAUGCAGGGUUGACCAUUGCUGAUCAUCGUUGAUAUGAUCCGACACCUUGCUACCAACCUCAUUUAUGCUCACAUCGUUUGCCCAGGCCGUCGCGUGCGCUAACUCAUACUCCCAUGUGUUUGAACCACUGUGUGAGAGGCCAUUCAAUGCUAAUCGAACAAACCCAGAGCGAGGAGGUUAUUGUCCAUGCACUUGCAUUUUUGGAACUGUUUUGGUGUUAAGCGCUAAACAAAAGUGCGAUGUAUCGUGUUAUUUUGAAUUCAUUUAUGUGGCGCCUUCCUGUGUCUAAAUAUUCAGCGCAGCUUUGUAGCACUGAUUAUCUAAUAAAGUAUAUA